AUGGGGCCCAGGAAAAUCGACUGCAGCUCGCCCGGGCUGUCCAUUGAGUUCGACCAUGCCCGUCACCACUAUUCUCCGGGCGACGUGAUAACAGGCCGAGUAAGUCUGCACACUGUCAGCGAGACCUCGAUCGGGCGAGUCGCCGUGGAAUUUUGGGGACGAGCCAAAUCACGCAUCAUCCAAAGCCACGGCCAGUCGGCCACCUUCCACCGCGGCCGGAUGCUGUUCUUCCGCCAGGAAAAGACACUCUACCAAGGUCAAUACACGCACAAGCCCGGCACGUUCAGUUGGCCGUUUGAAUUCGUUGUCCCGGAACAAGCAGACCCGAUCUGCAUCCUCAACAGCGAAUCAUGGAAACCCAAGGAGGAUUUCAUGUCGACCCACGGGCCGGACCUGGACUUGAGCCUCCCGAUGUCCAUGUAUCACAAGUCGUAUUCACUAGGUCGGCAAGCCGACUGUUACAUUGAAUACGUGCUCGAAGCCAGCGUCACCGAGCCCGAGGGCGUCCACACCAUCCGCAAGCCACAGACCAAAACGGCCACGUAUCCCAUCAUCUUGCACCCGCUGUCGACGCCAGAACCUAUCCAGGACUACGAAUACGUGACGGACAGUUACCCAGUGACCAUCUCGACAUUGAAGCUCUUGCCGGAGAAUAAUAAUGCUGGCACCACCACAUCCAGCAUUCGAGAGGCCGCUCGGUCCAUCUUCCAGCGCGACACGAUCCCACGAUUUUCAUUCAAGUUGACCAUCCAAGCACCCAGCAUCAUCCAGCUGUUCCAUCCGGAGCCCAUCCCCUUUCGAAUACGGGCCAUUCCCGACCUGAGACCCGAGCACACCACGAUCGACCUUGCCAAGGGAGACUUACCCGAGGUGACGUUGAAGUCGGCCAGACUCAAGCUCAAAACCUAUAUCCGCUGCCGGGCGCCGGGCACAUACGACGACUCCAAGAGCUACGAGAUUUCGCUCCUGUCUACCAAGCAGGUGGACAGACCUCUUCUUCCACAAGGAUUAUCUGCGAACGACACCGUCGUCGAUCUGGGCCAGCUGUUCAACUUACACCUGGGCAACGCCACCGUCGGCUCAAGGCUCGAGGAACCCCUCUGUCCUAGCUUCACCACAUACAACAUCUCCCGAUCGUAUCGCCUUCUAUGGGAUUUGGAGGUCGAAUGUGCCGGAAAAACAAAUAGAUUCUCAUCAUCGCGUCACGGCAUCGAAUGUAUCGUCAUCCUACCUGCCGCCACGACCACUGCGCUCCCGGCCUACCAGCCUGAGGGCCAGGCCCUGGACAUGCUGCAAGAUCUACAUCUGGCGCCGACAUCGUCGAUGGGUAGUACUACGGACCCCAAAUCAGGAUCAGGCGGCUCUUCGAGAUGGUGGUCGUCCGCCCGGCGGCGCCAGUCCAGCACUGCCAAAAGAACGUACGGAGUUGAUAGCGAUGGCAAGAGUGGCAAGGCGACGUUUGGGCCGUUGGAUUCGACGACGACAAGCGCUCCGACUGGGACAGACGUGAAGGACACUGAAAAGAAACGCGUCCUGACGAAAGAGGAAGAAGCUGCUCAAGACCGUGUCGGUGAUACCGGAUGA